AUGUCCNAAUCACAGCAGCACUCAGAUGGUCACAAAUAUAUUUUAAAGUUGUACUCGACUGGUUCUGAAGUUACGGAACACUCCGUAUUGAUACAUGAAUACUAUGCCAGAGAGGCUAAGAACCCUAUCCAUCUCACAGUGGAUACAACACUCAGGGGAAACAAGAUGGGGAUCAAGGCUUUCUUGAGUUCUUCUAUGGGUGUCCCUGGGAAGACAAUGGGAACAGUGUUCACACCAAUCCCAGUGGAUAUAGCAUUCUAUGAGCCAGAGAGGGUAGGAGUUGAGUUUGUCCAGCAAGGUAAAAAUAACCCUAAGAGAACUGUUUCCAUGACAACAGAUCUGAACCAGGUGACAAAUGCAUGCAACUCCAUGCAAGAAAUGUUAUCUGUCACCAUAAAAUAUGUGGAUGAUGUCUUGGCAGGUAAAAUUCCAGCAGAUGCCACAGUCGGCAGAUUCCUAAUGGAUUUGGUGAACACAGUACCAAAGAUUGAUGCAGAGCAGUUUGAGGAAAUGCUGAAUUCCAACAUGAAGGAUCUACUGAUGGUGGUUUACCUGUCCAACCUGACCCGCACUCAGCUACAACUGAAUGAAAAGAUGAGUUUGUUAUGAGACACCAUCUUGCAGUCAUAUUAUUCCACUCUUCAUUUUACUCUUAUGAAUGAGAUAAGUGCUGAGCAGACCAUUGGGCCAGAAAAGCCCAACUUGUGUGCAUAGCCUUCUGUCAAGAAACUGGCUUGGUAUUUAAUACAUGAUGUGGCUACUAGAUGGCGCCAGCUGUAGGACAGAACUGAUAUUGGGACCUUAAAGAUUCAGCUACUACGAGGAUGAUGGCCGAUAAAUAUUUUAUGUCUGGAUUUGGGAAUGAGCUUAUCAUGUGCUUCAUCGAAAUGAAUAGCCAAAUUUUGUGCACGAGUUCUGGUGUUGACAUUAUCUAUUGUAAAAAACCAAUAAGCAUUGCAAAAUAACAUGCAAUGGCCCUUUCAUACUCCCGCUUAGGAUGCUACUUGUGGAUACUUUUAGAGAUUAGAAACAACAGCAAAAACAUUGAUAUAUUUGGUAUGGGUUGUAAUGCUGCCAAGAGAAAAGAUGUUCUGUGGUAAAGAAUUUGUAAAGUCUCAUGACUUCAGUUUCAUUUUUUUCUUUUGUGACAUUUAGAAUUCUUAUCCAGUCAAGAAUGUAUUUAUAUUAAAAAUGAUAAUGAAAUAAAAAGC